CAUCCGUUCAGACUUCUAUCCCCCUCGGUUUCUCAUAGCUCUGAACCACGACCGGCGACCGCUAACCAUCCACCCGCAGAUCUUCUGCCGCCGGUGAAGACCAUGGCGACCAAGGCUUCCACGACUGCCGGCGAAGAGCCAGCGCUGGGCAUCCCGUACAACCCGACGGAGGUCCAGGGUCGCUACUACUACGCGCCAGACCCCUACGCGGCGGGGAUGCCGCCAUCGAACGCGAUAUACGCCGGCGUGCCCAAGGGGGUUCCCCUGCAGCAGACCAUGUUCCGCGACACGCCUGCCCCGUUCCACUGCCAGUCCUGCGGCGAAGCUGCUGUCUCCUCCGUCCGGUCGAAGCUGAGUCUUGCAUCAGUUGUGGCUUGCAUGAUGCCAUUCAUGAUGGGUGUCUGCUUCCUGUGCCCUUCAAUGGAUUGCCUUUGGCACAAAUAUCACUACUGCCCUAGCUGCGGAGAAAAGGCAGCUGAGUUCAAGAAGGAUGAUCCGUGCCUUGUUGUUGAUCCAACUCGCUGGACUGAGCCGAGCUUUGCUGUACCUGCGUAGCGCACUCCCAUAAACUGGUGGAAUAUAUUAUGGUUUCCAACCGUGGAUAGAUCUUGUGUGAUCUGUACAUAAACGUCUACUCUGUUAGUGUUAUAGUAUGCCAGUAAAUCUGCUGUUUGUUAGUUUGUCAACAUUGUCUGUCGGAUGAUGUUUUGUUUGCCACAGAAGUGUAUUAUCCUAUAUAUACAUAUUUGGUUCGAGAGAUUGGACAAUGACAUAAAUAUUGCUUUUCUAUUA